GAUUUCCCGGAUUACUUGCCUCUGACGCUGAGCAAAUCGACAUGGACACUCCACGAGAACACGACUCACUUCGGGAUCAGCUCCGAGGAAGACGAACACGACUGGGCGUCGGUGUUCCCCGACGGCAACGGCUUCGUCCGCCUCGGCCCUUCCAAGCGCCUCUUCGCGCUGUCCGCGUUCCACGAGAUGCACUGCAUGCAGAGCGUCCGGCGGGCGCUCGUCCAAGAGGGCCAUGGGGACGGGCAUGUACAGCACUGUCUCAAUUAUCUGCGCCAGAUGAUCCUGUGCCACGCAAAUAUACAGCUGGAGCCAGUGAGAGAGGACGGGACGGUGGCCUGGGGCCGGGAACGGACGUGUCGGGACCGGGAGGAGUUGUAUGAUUGGUUGGGAAAGAAUAUGGCAGAGUACAGGGCCUGGCGAUGGAAUAAGUAG